CAACUCUAAACCCGCGCAGGACUGAGCAACGCUCGCCGAGCAGCGGAUAUGCGCGCGGUCUCAACAACUGUCUUAAUCGUAUCCGCGGACGCUAUUCACGUAGCUUCGUAUUACUGACAAGCGGAGACCGCAUGUUAAAGGAGCUCAUCGGUUCACGAACCGUAACAUGUAACAGAAUACUCGCUGGUCCCGGUUUAUGAGGCAAGAGUGAAGAGCAAUCAAUCACCGGAUACCUCCACCGUUAUUCGGUGUGUGUACAGUACAGUGAGCGCUGCUGAGGCAGGAGAACCGUUGCUCUAAUGCUUUCCUGAUCACACCGAUUCAGCGUUGCUAUUUUCGACCAAACAACAGAUCAGGUUAUAUAGCGGAACAAGAUGUUGCAAGUACUGCUUUGUGGCGUUGUGGUCUUCCCCGGUCUCUUCUUCACUUUCAGAAAAGUGCUCCCGUCCAUUUUCAAGCAGUGGACAGAUGCCGACGUCGUGUUGGUCAGCGAGAGGCUGGUGUCAUCCAUUCACGCUUUUAUGGCCACCACAGCUGGCAUCAUCGUGGUGUCCUCAUGCAAAGGCAAUGUGAUUAUGGACCGACACUGGCUGGCCACCUAUUUUGUCAUUUGGUAUGGCGUUCCCUACAUGUCAUAUGACAUCUUCGCCAUGUACCUCAGCCAUUACUAUCGCUUCCGGGUCAAAGGUCACAAGGACUAUAAAAGCCACUCUCUACGAACCGUCAACUCAUUUGUGAGGAAAGAGUUCCUGCUGGUGCUCCAUCACAUUGCACUACUCACCAUCCUACUGCCUGUGACUCUGCUCUUCAGGAAGGACCAGGGCGAUUACUUCAUUGGCUGCCUCUUCCUCACAGAGCUCAGCACUCCUUUUGUUUCACUGGGUAAAAUCCUCAUUCAGCUGGGGCUCCAGGACUGCUGGCUGCACAAGGCUAAUGGUGGCAUGGUACUGCUGAGUUUCUUCAUGUGCCGCAUUGCACUCUUCCCCUACAUGUACUGGGCCUACGGCUCCCACUAUGGCAUCCCACUCUACAGCGUUCUCUUCCAUCUGCCGCUCUCCACCAAACUGGGCAGCCUCUGCAUCCUGGCACCGCAGGUCUACUGGUUCGUCCUCCUCUGCCGUAAAGGCUACCGACUCUACAAGCGGCAGCGGGAUGCGCAAAACCAGGCCUCUCCGCUGUCCUCGCCCGAGCCGGUCUCAGAUAUCUCCAAGGCUGAUUAGUGAAGGUCCGUCUUUAUCUAGAACAAACAAUCAACCGACAUCACAGCUGAAGGCUACGGCACUGCAUCUACUACUGUUAAAGUACAACCAAGACUUCAUGUUAGAAACAUCCUUAUUACUCCUCUUCACUUUACUUCAUUCCAUGCGCACACUUACAUUUACACACGGGGCUGUAACAAUGCCACCACACUGGAUUUACUACAGUGACUUCUAAGAAGCAUCUUUUAGGCCAGUUAUCGAGGGCCGUAACCCUCUUUUCUUUCUCUGAUUGGAGUAUCUGUUACAGUUUGGACUGGUGUCUUUGAAAGUCAUUGGAAUUAUCUGUUACUUUUGUUAUUUUUGGUUUUGUUCCAUGUGAAAUGCUUUCCCUGUAUACUUGAAGUACAAAAACACACUGGUUUAAACUAGGGAAUUUAUUAUAUGUUAUAUCACAAUAAAUUCAUUGGAUUAAACCCCAGUAUUUCAAAUCACAUCCACGCAGCAUUUCAGAUCACAUCCCACUCGGCACAAAGCUCCGGUCACAUGGUAAGCAUUUCCAUGGCUGCAGUUCUGCUGUUCUUGUUUACAGCUCAUUAGAGUUCUGUGUGUUUGCACACACACUGCCCUGCUGUGACUGUUUACACUUCUUUACCACACACCGCCCUUUUUGCUCUGAAGGCUGCUAAUGAAUUCUGCUUCGCUUUGUGGGCCUUUUGAGCAUCUAGAGACCUCCCAUCCACAUGAGGGCAGUAGAGAGUCAGCCAUUAUGUUUAUAUGAUAUAGACAAGACUCAAGUCUAUGGGGGAUGAGGUCUUUGCAAGGUACAAAGAGCGAGCACAUAAUGCUUGGCAUCUCUUUUAGGCCACAUGAUGCCCGAGGGCAUCUCCAGGCAGUAGUCAAAGCAAUAACAUUGGGCUUCAGAGCAAUAGAUUGUGGGUAGGUGGAUAGCCCAUGUGAACACAUGGGUAAAGAUAGAAAAGUUGCAUGACAGCCUUCUCUGAAAACUGAUCUUUAUAUAUCUAAAGUAUGUAAUACUGGGUUCAUACGGUCUUGAGAAGAAGGAACAAGUCAGGGAAUCCUAAAUUUGAGAUUGAGAUGUGUGGAAAAAGUCAUAAAAAGUCUUGAAAAUUCAUCAUGUCUCUAGUCAUGUCUCUAGUCAGUACAAUUUUUGUAGCUCUUCGGCUGAAUUUUUUUUUUUGCUAGAUGUCACUUUAUGAUUACGAUGUCUACUAAAUCAUUUCUAGAACAUUU